UGUGUCUGUUUUCCUCUUGCCCAGCAAGGUCUCUGGGCUAUGGAGUGUCUGUCUGCGGCAGGAAAGUGAGGUUUGAAACAGACAGACCUGCAAACCAACAACCUUUUCCGCCAUGGAGCACAUCAACCUCAUCACUUUUACCCGAGCCAAAGAGAAAACCGACACCUGGCAAAACGGGGAACGUCGGGAAUCUCCACCGGCCGGCCCCGGGGUUGAAGCUUUGACUGGAGAUGAGGUGAAAACUUUCUACGAGAGCCUGAUUGCAGCGGAUGGUGAGGCAGGUCCGAGUUCCGGUCGGAAGCGUAGAGUUAUUCGGCCGAAGUCACGGCCAGAAAAGGCCGAUGGGCAGAGUGGUGGAAGGAGCCAGCCUGCAGCGUCAGAGAGGAACGGGCACCUCCUGUUAAAGUGUGCUCAGGACGGGGACCUGAAAACCCUUCGCAGGCUGCUGGAGACGGCAGUGUGCGAUAUCAACUUCCGGGACAGUUAUUACUGGACCGCCACCAUGUGUGCAGCGUAUAGUGGGCAGGCCGAGGUGGUGAAGUACUUACUGAACCAUGGGGCAGCGUGGAUCGGAGUCUGCGAUUCCACAGGCCAAGAUGCGUUGGAUCUGGCCAGGCAGGCUGGGCACACAGAGAUCAUCACAACGCUUGAAGAAUUUCAUACUCACCGGGAAGAGUGCCAAGAGCCAAGGGAGAGGCCGCGGCAAAAGAAAUUCUGCCAGAUUUGUGAUGUGCACUAUGAGGAGGACAGCAUUGAACAGCACGAGAGAUCGACGUUACACUUGUUCAACAAGAAAGGUAGGCCAGUGCCAACUCACUACUUCAUCCCAGAAACCAACGUCGGCUUCAAACUGAUGCUGAAGGAAGGUUGGGAUAGGGAGACCGGACUGGGGCCUGCUGGAAAGGGACAGAAGUUUCCAGUAAAGACCGUGCUGAAGCGAGAUCAGAGAGGGCUCGGGUUCCAGAGCGAUUUGAAACCGAAGGUCACCCACUUUGCCGCCAACGAUUGCGACGCAGUGAAGCGACCAAAGACCCCGAGCAGGCGAGUCCAAAGGGCUGCUACAGUCAGCAGGAGAGAGGAACGCAGGCGCCUGGCAAAGGAGAAAGCCUGGGAGAAAGAUCUGAGGACUUACAUGAACCUCUAGCACCGAACUUUGGGGUGUGUCUGUUUACAAAGUGCAUUGCGAAGGGUUCGGCGUUUGCUCAUGUUGUCACGGGCUUGGUGCAUGUUUCUCUCCUGGGUCUCGGUGGCUGACACGGUGGUGCAGUGACGAUGGAGUGCUGCUUUGUUGGUGACACCAUCCUGUGGCCAAAAUGUUCAAACCCAAGGCCGGCCUGUAUGUGUGUGUGUCUGUGUGUGUCUGUCUGUGUGUGUGUCUGUGUGUGUCUGUGUCUGUGUGUGUG